GGUUUUCGGCCUCACUUUCCUUGUGAGUCGUCGAAAAGGAAACUAAGACGCCAGUGAUUCCAAUCGAAGUUAGAACUGCCGGCAGACAUCUUAGUAAAGAUGACGAAUUUUAAAAUUCUGGUGGUAGUAUUGCUGCUGGUCUUUGUUUUUACUCCUGAGAACGCGAACGGAUGGAGACGAAGACGACGACGACGCAGUGUUACAGUUAUUAGAGGCCCACCAGGACCUCCGGGACCUCGAGGACAUACAGGACCACGGGGAUACCCCGGCCCACGGGGACGAACAGGAGCCCGGGGAUACCCAGGCUCGAGAGGCUACCGGGGAUUCACUGGAAGUCCUGGCCUUAGAGGUGCUCCCGGUUUAAGAGGUUUCCCAGGCAAACCCGGAGCCAUCGGAAAACUAUCCUGCUCCUCCCGCCCGUCCACCUCAUCAAGCUUCGUGAGAUGCCCCUUCUUUGACCACCAAGUUGUCUCCUGUUCGUGCCGUUCGUUCAAAUCAAACUGCACCACGAGCUACUCCAUCUCUGGACGGACCUGUAGAUGUACCUGCGCGCUUGCCAGACCCAUAGCCCUUUGCUGCAGGCUUCUUGGAAGGCCGAUAUACGGGACAGCAAAGCCACAAUAAAUAGACAAUAAAUAACAGCAUAAUAAAAAGUAAAACCUUCAUGAUAUGCAACCAAGAAAUAUCCUCGACUAUUUAGUCUAAAUCAAUAUGUAAUUUAUUGGGGUAAAAUAAAUAAAACAGAAUGAACAUCAA